AUAACCUCAAAAAAAGUUUUUUUUUUAAUUUAUAGUCAUUCUAAGAAUAUUUGUGUAUUAUUUAAUAAGAUUUUUUGCUAAAAACACGUACGUAAAUUAGGUACGCCUCUGGAAUUCGUCGGUAUAAUGCAAUAAAAAGGAGUUGGCGCUCGACUCUUGUUGUCCCUUACAAAAGGUAAUACCUAAUGGAGAUUUCUUGCUUACCAUGUGAAACUGUACAUCCAUCAAAAAAACUAUGGAACGAGUAUUUAAAAUAAAAACGAAGUCGCAACCGGACGUAGCGAGCCAGUAUCCGUCGGAGCGACGCUACUCAGCUUCAAUAGUAUUGGGACUCAGCGCUGUCCUGUUGCUGUUUUGCUUAUGUUCCCUCCUGAUGGGCGGCCUAAUUAUAUACAAAACCUCCAUUAUACCCCAUUCGCCCCACCCAAUCAGGGAUAAACUGGAAAAAGAUGCCGAAUAUAUUAGUGACCCCAGUUACAUCCACUAUUACGUCAACGUGCCAAUACUGGUGGCCACCGGUUGCUUCCUGAUGGCCUUCGGUAACAGUUUAACCUUCGUUUCCGGAAUAUUCGCUUGGAAGAAAUGGUACAUAGACCAUAACAUCAUGUUUUUCUUCUUGUCUUGCAGCUUUUCCACCCUCACGUCCGUUAUUUCCCUGUUAAUCAGCGCCCUCUCCACGUCGAACAUGACGUUUCGCAGUGAAGACUUGUCUCCCAUCUCGCUUCCGCUCGCGUCAAACGUCAUAGUCCUGUCAGCUGUCAAUGUCAUCUGGUCGAUCGUGGCCAGUAAGAUCGCGUAUCGGGGCAUGCGCAACCGUUAUCCCGACGAUAUUUUGACGAAGAGCGGCAACGGUGUAGAGGUCAGCCGCGUAAUUAAAAAAGGGGGUGAAAAGAAUGUCCCCAUUGAGGUUAUGAAUAACUUUGUGGUGGGCAAAAUGGCCCAGUAUCUACCGAAAUUAGAGAAUAAGGAUUUACCGAAACAGGAAAGCGACGCCGAAUAUAAUCAAAGGGUCAGUCAGUUUUUAAGUGAUAAACCCGAUGGUGACGAGGCGCGGUGCGACGAAAAAGACGUUAAUUAAUUUAGUUAGAAAGUGGUUUUAGUUAAUUAUUAAAUAUUUCAGGUUAUUAGUAAGACUGAGUAUAGAAAUGUAAGCGUGUGACAUAUUUAAAUAAAUUGUGAGUAAUUGA